AUGUCAUUCAACGACUUCAUUGACUCACAGAAGAUCAUCUAUGAGUUAAAGAAAGACGUCGAGGAAUCAGAUUAUCCCUAUGAUUGUAAGACUUUGUACUACCAAGAAGGGGUACCUACCAGACAGACAGAUAUUCCUUUCGUGAGGCUUCUGCAAGGGAAAGAACCUAUCUCCAAUAUGAAGAGACGCUACAAACUCUACAAGAAGAACUGGUCCCGACAACUUAGUGUCAUCAAUGAGAUCUUGGCCAAUACGGAUAGAGAGAAAUUUGAGGAACUAGGCCGAUUUUUGUACGAGCAUAAUGAAGAAGGUGAUGAUGAUCGAUGUGAGCUUAUGCCAUGUUGGCAUCUUCCCUGUGGCCUGGUAAACUUAGGUUCCAACAUAUCCAAUCACAGGCGACUUCUAAACCAGGUGUACGACUUUUUGGUGAUGUCGGAUGGCCAAUCAAACGGGCAGACGGUGGUGAGUCGUCUUAAUACGGCCGUAUGCAGCAGUAUCAGUGCUUGUCUCAAAACCAUCUCCUUCGAUAUCAUUGGCUCUUUUGGCAAAUCUAUCAACCAGAAGCUUCCAGAUUUGGAGGAUUUGAUUCUGCAAUUGUCGAAGAAGCAGCAGAGACUUGUCGUGUUGAUCGAAGACGCUGACUCCUUACCAACGUCCACGUUGACUCAGCUUUUAAAGACUCUCUGGCAUUGUAGCACAGUAUCACACAAUGUAUACGUUGUUAUUGGAAUCUCUACACCACUCAUCAUCUUUCAGGAAAAGAUACCACGGCUUGUAUUGAACUUCCUACGUACCAGACACUUCCGUAUAGACAAUUCUAACGAGGCCAUUGGCCAAAUAAUGGGAAACUUGCUUCUCAAUAUCAACGACACCUACAAUUCAUUGAUCUUUGAGCCUCGAUUGAUUCUAUACUUUCUUCAGCGAAAGUCUGAUAUUGGUAUAUCUCAGUUCUACGACUAUAUGAAACUCAUUUAUAUGAAUCACUACUUCAGCCAGCCUCUAUCGAUUCUGUGGACCGAUGAUUUCUCAGGAAUCGAUCUUACCGACGACUAUUUUGAUGUGUUCAAAAGACUACCUUCUGUAAGAGCUGUCAACGACCAUACUACCGAUCACCAGGAAAAUGACGACUGCCAGCGGUUUCUCCAUGAUGUAGCUACAGAGAAUGAAACUGGUAUAGGUUGGUUUCUUCGACUCAACCUAAACAAACUCAUCAACUGGAGAUUCAACUUGAAAAAUCUGAUAGACUUCCUUAACUUUAUGCAGACAUCUUUCUACGACUUGAAACUUUGGAGGACCAACCUCGAUCUUUUCCAGCUUAUCUUCGAGAACUACGAUUACGAAAACGUGCACAACAAUGUUGCAAACUUUGACUUCUUAAAGCCCAUCUAUUUAAACAUGAAAAAUAUAGAGUUGUCAGUGUUCAACAGCUUUCUGGAUACGAUUCAGAGCGACCAGCAGUUCGACUUCUUGUUUCAGAAGGGUGAUAAUGCUGCCGAUACAUACUUCCAGUCGUUAAAACAUGCGGAAAGUCAUAAGGAGGUAGAAAAGUUCAACAGAUACCUUAAUGAGAAGCUGAUCCAUCAAUUGGUUGAAUUGAAUCUUGACCACCAACCAUUUAAAGAGAUCUGUUGUGCAGGGCUGCAAGUGACGGGCCUGUUGCAAACUGCUUUCAAUCCUCCGGUACGGGAUAUCACAAUUGGAGCAUUGCUCGACUCUAAGAGUUACCUAUUAAACUCGGCACACAGCGACUUGAGCCAAUUAGAUCGUCAGGGAGAUGACGUGCAGUUAUAUAAACUAUUUGAGCCUUCGAUGAUUGAGAUGUUCAGGAUCUAUAGAGAAGCAGGAGUGAUGAUUAACAUUUAUGACUUCUAUAAGGUGUUCAGGAGCGGAUUAUCGGACAAAAAACGUCUAUGCCAAUUAAUGUUGAACAAGUUAGAGGUGAAGCGGCAAAGAACCAAGGAGGACAAUGUCAAUAUGGAUACAUUGCAAGGAAUUAUAGAAGGAGACUCAGAGAAAGAGUGGGAUAAAUUGACACUCAGCUGGUUUUUGAAAGGACUAGUGGAGUUGGAGUUGGCUGGGAUGAUUAAGGAAGGAAGGAAUUCCGAGAAUGUGGAAAAGCUGGUUUGGAAAGAUGUCUAA